AUGCAUUUAAGAUUUGUUAAAAAGGAUAUGUUAAGAAAAAAGAAUAAAAGGAUCAGACUUUCAGUAUCGCAGUGCCUUCAGCUCGUCGCAACGUGUAGUAACACACCGCCAGGCUGGAACCCUCUCACAUUAUUAUUAUUUAUAUUUAAUAAACAUUCAAUGUUACAUAAUAAAGAAUCUGAGAAAAAGUUUUCAUCAAAAUUUUACCAAAUUUUUUUAUUUGAAACCAUUUCAAAAUAUGUACAUAUAAAAAUAAAACAGUCAUUUAAAAAUUUAAAAUAA